AUGAAAAUAGUCAUCCUGAACGGCCCAAACCUGAACAUGCUCGGCAGACGGGAGCAGUCCUACUACGGCGUCAAGACUCUUGACGACAUCGAAGAACUCGUCGCUGAAAAGGCGCGCGAACUCGAAGUCGAGACCGAGUUCUACCAGUCUAACCACGAGGGCGCACUGGUGGACUACUUACAGUCAUUGACGCCCGACGUCGAGGGCAUUGUGGUCAACGCGGGCGCAAUCACGCAUUACGGCAUAUCGCUGCGAGACGCGCUAAUAGACUCACGUCUGCCAAUUGUCGAGGUUCAUCUGUCCAACAUACACGCCCGCGAAGAGUUCCGUCGGCACUCCGUCAUUUGCCGACAUCGCGCAGGGACAGAUUGCCGGUCUCGGCUGGCAGGGUUAUCUCUUCGCCCUUGA